AUGGCGGCGGUGCACACUCAAGGCCAGAGGCACGACAGAAUACUGUCCGCCGACGGCGAGGGCGAGUCGGACACGACUGCCUUGCACCUCACCUCACCGCCGUCGACAGUACGGACGGCGGCAGAUCCGGAGACCUCAGUCACCCAGAAAAUGCUCUCCGCCGUGAGUGGGAGCAUACUCACCUCACUGCUCGUAACGCCCCUCGAUGUCGUCCGCGUCCGCCUCCAAUCCCAAUCAAGUCCGUCCCCCUCCUCUGCCCGCUUGCCCUCGUUCGUCCAAUUGCCCCCAAACCUCGGUGUUACAGCCUGCUGCCGCGAGGUCUUCUGGGUGCAGAACCAAUCCCAAUUCUGCGUCGCUUCUCCCUCCCAUGCCGCCGUCAUUGAUGAGGCGAUCAUCUCUGACUGUGCGGCAGAAGAGACCCAGCGUCGGACGUUCAACUCGACCCUCGACGGCAUCCGUAAGAUCGCGCGGAAUGAAGGCAUCUGGACACUAUGGCGGGGUCUGAGCCCGACGUUGUUGAUGGCAAUCCCGGCGAAUGUCAUCUACUUUGCCGGAUACGACUGGUUGCGAGAAAGUGCAAAAAGCCCGAUGGCUGGACGAGUGAGCGAUGCCUAUGCGCCGCUGGUUGCGGGAAGCACGGCAAGAAUUAUGUCGGCAAUAGCUGUUGGACCUAUUGAGAUUCUACGGACAAGGAUGCAGGCUGUGCACUCGUCUGAGAAGGGGGUUCUACGGUCGACAAUGGUGGGCCUGAAGGACAUGGUUGCUUCACAAGGCUACUUGUCUCUAUGGCGAGGUCUGUCUCUGACGCUGUGGAGAGACGUACCUUUUUCGGCAUUAUACUGGUGGGGAUACGAAUUCGGCCGCAGGGAAAUCGACAUGAUACGAGCACGCGCAGGCCCCAUUUCUGGCGAACGCAAGAAAGACCAUAGCACCAGGACAUUACUUCUGGACUCAUUCAUCGCCGGAGCCAGCUCAGGUGCGAUCGCCGCUCUCGUGACAACGCCUUUCGACGUAGGAAAGACUCGCCAGCAAACCGUCAUCCAAUCGAACAUGUCAGCUGAGGUACGCCGGAACCUGCCCGAGGGCAAGACAAUGCCACGAUUUCUCUGGCAUAUCUACCAGCACGAGGGCCUCACAGGUCUUUUCAAGGGCUGGGGUGCACGUUGUCUCAAGGUAGCACCAGCUUGUGCUAUCAUGAUCUCCAGCUACGAGAUCGGCAAGAGGAUGGCGACGACGGUUAAUGAGAAGAAGGAGCAUCAUGAGAAGUAG